AUGACCGCGGCCGCGAUGGACGGAGAGCCGCCCGCGGGCACGGCCGCAGGUACGGGGGGAUAUUUGGCAAAGCCUCCAGUAAAUGAACCAAGGGAAGCAGAACAGUUUCUAAUGCAGACGCCCCAGGGAAAUCCACUGCUGCUUUCCCACACCCUACAAGAGCUAUUGAGCAAGGACAGCGUGCAGGUGGAGCUUAUACCUGAGAAGAAGGGCCUUUUUCUGAAACAUGUGGAAUAUGAAGUUUCCAGCAAGAGGUUCAAGUGCUCGGUGUACAGAAGAUACAAUGACUUUGUGGUGUUCCAUGAGAUGCUGCUGCACAAGUUCCCGUACCGCAUGGUGCCUGCACUGCCCCCAAAGAGGGUGCUGGGAGCUGAUCGUGAGUUCAUAGAAUCGAGGAGGAGAGCGCUGAAGCGAUUCAUAAACCUGGUGGCUCGACACCCCCCCUUCUCAGAAGAUGUGCUCUUGAAACUCUUCCUGUCCUUCAGUGGCUCAGAUGUACAGAAUAAGCUAAGGGAAUUGGUCCAGGGAGUAGGAGAUGAAUUUGUGACUUGCAGAUUAGCUACCCAAGCCAAGGACUUCCUCCCAGCUGACAUUCAGGCCCAGUUUGCUGCCAGCAGGGAGCUGAUCAGAAAUAUUUAUAACAGUUUUUAUAAGCUCCGGGACCGUGCGGAGAGAAUCGCUUCCCGAGCCAUCGACAACGCCUCCGACCUCCUCAUAUUUGGGAAGGAGCUCAGUGCUUUGGGCUCAGACACUACUCCACUUCCUUCCUGGGCUGCUUUGAAUAACAACACAUGGGGGACUCUGAAACAAGCCUUGAAGGGUCUGUCUGUUGAAUUUGCACUUCUGGCAGAUAAGGCUGUGCAGCAGGGUAAACAGGAAGAGAAUGAUGUGGUGGAGAAGUUGAACCUUUUCCUGGAUUUACUCCAGUCCUAUAAAGACCUGUGUGAAAGGCACGAGAAGGGGGUGUUGCACAAGCACCAGCGAGCCUUGCACAAGUACAGCAUGAUGAAGAAGCAGAUGAUGAGUGCCACUGUGCAGAACAAAGAGCCAGAAUCGGUGGAGCAGCUGGAGUCUCGGAUUGUGGAGCAAGAAAACGCCAUCAUAACCAUGGAGCUGCGGAAUUACUUCUCCCUGUACUGCCUGCAUCAGGAGACACAGCUCAUCCACAUCUACCUGCCUCUCACAUCUCACAUUCUGGGGGCCUUUGUCAACUCCCAGAUUCAGGGUCACAAAGAGAUGAGUAAAGUUUGGAAUGAAUUGAAGCCGAAGUUGAGCUGCCUUUUUGUGGGAUCCAGCAGUAUGCCAACUCCACCACUGUCACCUCCAGAGGGAAACUUCUUUUCCAAUUAACAUUCCAAGCAUCCCACACGGAGCAAGAAGGGCAAUCAACGAAGGGGUGGGACCUCUACCUCCAAUGAAUCCUCCAAAACAGCUAUUUUUAUUUUUAUUUUUUUUUUAAUAUUGCUGCUUUGAGCUGCUCUCUGAUUUAGACAGACUGGAUGUGGGGCAGAACAUAUGGAUAUAGAGACAAUUUUGUAAUUUUGCAAUGCCCUGGGGCAGAGCUGAUGUUCAUUCUCCUGCAGACACUCCUCAUGGGGUCGGGACAGGGCCUGCACAGCGAGUGCUGCGGGGUUUCUUGUUGCUGAGGCCUCUGCAUCUUGUACUAACAGUCCUCCACUCGUGUUUAUCUGCAGCUGUGCUGACACAUCUCUGCUGGCACGUCUCUGAAGUGCUGAGAUGAACAGGAUAGCUGAAGCACUUGCUUGUAGUGGAGAUAAAUUGCUUUUUAUGCCUUGGAGGGCCUGUGUUAGGGAUGUGUGUGCAUAAGGAAAGCUGAAAGCCAUCCCCCAUCCCGUUGUAGGUGUCUGGAUUUGAUUUCUUCCUGCUAGACCUUAGCACAAAAUGAAUGAAGUGGUUGGAUUUUGUAACCCAGCUGGGCAGGGGUCAGUGCUGCUCUGUGACAGGGAUUUUCCUGAUGGUGCUGGAUGGACUGGAUUGUCAGUUUGUUUCCCUUCACGGUUGAAGGGCAUUCUGGGGACUUGCUCAUAUUUUUCA